UUCUUAGGAAUUCUGGCGAGAUUACAGCAAGACUACUGCUAGAAUCUCCAUGAAUCAGAUUCACAAUUGCUCUCUUCCCAACAAACAAGACACAGCUCGUCUUUUGCAGUGAGGAUGUUGACCUAAAUUAAUCUUCUAGACCAAGUCAGCAAGUACUGCGAAGUAUGGCAUACGUCUACAACUAUGAAUCCAGCGUUCAAAAUAUCUCAGAAAACUUAUCAUUCUCUGCCAGCACUAUUAAUAAAACGACUGUAGACGACUUUCAAUCUUUAACAGAAUUCUAUAAGAGUUACGCAGGAUAUCAUGGAUACAUCAGUGUGUUUGUUUGUACUUUCGGAAUUAUUUCCAACUUAGCGAAUAUUGUUGUGCUUACACGAAAGAACAUGGUUACUUCCGUCAAUGUGAUACUAACAUGGUUAGCUGUCGCAGAUACUUUAAAAAUGUUGGAUUAUCUCCCUUUCGUGACGAAGUUCUACAUACUUAAAGACCCUAAUUUGAAAUAUUUUCAAACGAGAGACUACAGUGCUAUAAUCUUCUUGCUGUUUCAUGCCAGUUUCAGCCUUGUUUGCCAUUCAAUAGCCGUGUGGCUAACCAUAGCAUUAGCGAUAUUCAGAUUUCUAUUCAUUUGGUUUCCUACCUAUGGAACUGUUUGGUGCUCACCAUUUCGAGCCAAAAUCGUGAUAUGUAGUGUGUACAUUUCCAUUAUCGUUCUCAGCAUACCUAAUUAUGCAAUCAACAGCUAUAGCUAUGACAAUGAAACAGAGUUGUAUAUGUCUGCUAAAUCGGAGUCGCUAAAAGAUGAAUGGUUUGAUGACGCUAACCAGUAUAUACAUUCAAUAUUAUUCAAACUGGUUCCAUGUUUCAUGUUGACGAUUCUUACUCUUUUGUUGAUAUACGCCAUGCAUAAGGCCUACAUAAAGCGAAAAGAGCUGAAAAGAUUUGGGAAAAAGGAAGAUGCUGAUCGCCAUCAUGAACACAACCGUACGACAGGCAUGCUACUUGCUGUGGUUGUUAUGUUCUUGAUAACGGAACUUCCGCAAGGGAUUCUAACUCUGAUUGUAAGUUCCAAUCCUGAAUGGGAGACGAAGGUCUAUAAUAAACUCGGGGAUGUAUUGGAUAUUGUGGCACUGUGCAAUAAUUCCGUGAAUUUUGUCCUGUACUGUAGUAUGAGUAAACAAUUCAGAGACACGUUUGUCCGAAUUUUCUGUCACUGCUGUCCAAAAGAUGGAAUGGGUUUUCUUAAGGUUCAACUCAACACAACAGCAAAUGGAAACAAAAAUUAUAUGGCGACAAUGAAUAAUGGACACAGCAAUAACGCGGCCACGUUUGUUUAAAACCCAAGGCAAAUGCAAUCAAUCAUCGUACUGUGUUGUUUCAUUACAUAGUCACGACUGGAUCAAACAAAAUAUUAUAACAUUUCAUAUAUGGCAGUAUUUCAUGAUUAUUAUAACGAUUUGUAUAGUUUUUAAUUUUGUUUGAAAAAAACAUGUUUUUAGGGAAAAUAUUUGAACCAGUUUUCAAUACUCCAUCUGAACCACUGGGUUGAGUGCGCUGGGUUCUUUCUCCAUCAAUUGCGAGAGAAGCCCAAUUUAUUUUCUUGGUGUCAUAUAUAAGUAGCUGUUUUAAAGAACCAUAAUACUAGUCCAGUGUUUUUUCUAAAAAGUUUAUUUCAGAACCUCUGCGUCCGGAAAAAAAAAUUCUUAGUAUUUGGAAAUGGCUUAAAGUGAUGGAGGGAUGAAAUUUAAGGAAGGGUGAUACAUGUAUGGGUUGAUGAAAAGUAAGACCAGGAAAGUAAAUGGAUUCCAAGUCUACAGAAGAAAAGUUACUUUGAUGAAUUUAAAGAACGAACUACAUGAAAUUGUUCAUUGAUUGUUUGAUAUGAUUCUUAAGAUCAAUGACAUAUGUACGAGUUUGCUCACAUGAUGGAAAGAAAGGAGUGCUAGUGUAAUCAACAGUGGGUUUUCGAACAUAUACUGUACAAAGUACUUAUGGUACUAAGCAGGGUGGAUAUUUAAGUGUCUUUUACGUUGUCUAUAAUUUAGAUUUAGGAUUACCGCCAAAAUGUAUAAGAUUAAAAAUAAAGAAAUUGUACAUUCAUGAUUAUGCGAAUUAAAGAGUUACAGAUGUGCUUAAUUUUAAACUCAUAAAAGACACACAGGAUAAUGAAUAUUCAUUGACAAUAUCUGGAUAUUUCUAUUUUCUGUAUUGUAUUGCAGUUCAACAUAUAAUAGUCAAAGAGAUUGCAAAGCAUCUGUGAUGGGUAUACAAGAUUAUGUCAAUUAACUCGCAGAUUUGUUUUCCAAAUUCUACGUAUAUAAGAAGAAAAUCAAACUGCAAAAGUUUAGAAAAGUGAAGGGUAAAAUAUAAUAUUAUUUGAGAGCUGUAAACUGUUGUAGCAGCUUCCGUGUUUAGUCAAGCUGAAUUAUAAUGCACAUGUUGACUUGCAGUUUAAGACAACUAUAUGAUAAAAAGUUUAGUACUCUUGGAUAUUGUUCAGAAAAUGCAUGAUCCAUCUUGUUUAUGUAUGACUAAGUCUGCUAAAACUUUGUUUGUAAUAUUGUUCAUUGUUAGCAAUUUAUAAAGUGGCAAUGCACGAUAAAUACACCUUUAAA